AUACACGCUGUUAAAACUCUCCGAAUCAAUUACACAACAUACGAUGUUCGUCGCGACCAUGAUGUCAUCAAUCCCCGUACCAACCACAACACUAUCAUGCUAAAAUCUCCAGAUACGAACCCAAACGCACAUCCAUAUUGGUAUGCACAAGUGCUCGGAAUCUUCCACGCAGAUGUCAUACAUUGCAAUUCGAAGCUGGGAUUAGUCAGAUCACGAAAGCGGAUGGAGUUUCUCUGGGUGCGGUGGCUGGGAACUGAGCCAGAUUAUCGACCUGGUCAGAAAUUUGCAAAGCUUCCUAAGGUUGGUUUCGUUCCUGAAGAUGACGAAUUCGCAUUUGGCUUCCUUGACCCUUCCCAAGUCAUUCGGGCUUGUCAUCUCAUUCCGGCCUUUAUUCAUGGAAAAAGCAAUGAUCUCCUGGCUACUAGACUCCCGACUGCAGCAAGGAAAGUCGGAGAGAGCGAAGAUUGGGUGAAUUAUUAUGUGAUGAUUUUUGUGGACCGCGAUAUGUUCAUGCGCUACCACGGGGGAGCAAUUGGCCAU